UGAACGCGAGAAGACAUAUUGAUAUAAUUUGUAUUUAAAGAAAGGAAACAAACGUAACACAUGAUAACGUCCCUUAUUAAAACAUUAAUUUAUAUAAAACAUUUUUUAUAAAGUUUUAGAAAUCGAUCUGAGGUGGUUUUUAUUUUUGUUUUCGUGGUUUGGUCCAGCCCCCCAGCCACAGUUGGAGUAUCGUAGCUCCAGGUCGCCAGUGUGUUUGGGGACUCCCACGGCCGUGUUCAUCAAACACAGUGAGCACACAUGGCAGCUCACACUUUCUUUCCAGGUCAGUCCAAGAGAAGCUCUUCCCUGCGAUUCCUUGCGGCCCGAUUAGACUGGAAGGAGGCAAUGCAGCCUGUGCAAGUCGGAGUGGUCAGGGAUUCCAUGCUGGCUAAUCCUCUUUUAAUUAGGGCGGAUUUGGGAAGGUCCCGAUCGAGAGCCUUCAUUCUGCCCGGGAAAGAAUUUGUGUUCGGGAAGCCCAACAUCACCACGGAUGGGGGUGUCCCAGAAGUAAUGAGCCACUGGGCGACCCUGGUGCCCAUCACGCGCUCCAGCUCCAAACCCAGGAGGGCUGGCCAGGACUUCAUGGCGCUGAACCGGGAGGCGGUGAAGUCCGGUCUGGUGACAGCACACGAGCACUACCAGUUCCGCGCCACACACGACCUCAAGCUCCGCCCACCCCCGGUGGCGGCCCGACUGCACUGCAGCCCUCCCGACAUAACCUUCGGGGUCCACACGCGGCCCUCCACCCCGAUCUUCGACCUGCUGGAGCACAGGUACCAGCAGCGCUGGCUGGAGGAAUGCCGCUCUGCACAGAAGGCCAGUCAGACCAAGGAAAAGAAGAAGACUAAGCUCGGGAAGAUUUACGAGACGCGCACGUCCCUGCUCCGCCAGAGCCAGCCCAGCGUGGAGCCCCGCCCUCUCUGGCAGCUCCCACGAUUCCAGAAGGUGGGUCCUCACUUGGAAACCUUCCGGAAUCCUGAGGAUCGGAAGAAAGCCUUCAGCAGCCACUUAUCUGACUCGGUUGCAAGGUGCGGGCUGCAAGGGCAAGGCAUGUAUACCAACAGCUGAAGGAGGGAUUUGAGGAGGCUGGCGAAAGCAUCUGUGCAUUACCACAUGCCCUGUAUGUUAUAUGUGGUCCAAAAAAUAAAUAAAAGAAUCAGAAAAAAAAAAUGUAACUACUAA